ACCGGGCGCGCGCACUCACUUUAAUUUCAAAGGUUGACGGUGACGUCACCGCUGGUCCAAAGAAGUCUAUAGAAAGGGAGAGCGCAACAUUUCCCAGCCUUCAUUCUUCCGCGAGAGGGCAAGUGUGGAUUAGGAUGGUCAUCAGAGUGUAUAUCGCCUCCUCGUCCGGGUCUGUCGCGGUGAAGAAACAUCAGCAGGCCAUCGUGGGCUUUCUGGAGGCCAAUCGGAUCAACUUUGAGGAGGUUGACAUCACGAUGCUGGAGGAUCAGAGGCUCUGGAUGUACCGGAACAUUCCUGAGGAGAAACGACCUGAAAAGGGCAAUCCUCUCCCCCCUCAGAUCUUCAAUGGAGAUGACUACUGCGGUGAUUAUGAAGAUUUCUUCCUGUCUAAAGAGAUGAACACAGUGUUCUCAUUCCUCCGUUUGCCCCCUGUAAAGGACUCUGAAUCGUAGACCGUGUCGUUGACAUUUCUAGACUGAAACACUGUGGUUUUGCCUCUUUUUCCCGUGAUGUAACUCUCGUCCCCUGGUCUGAAGCCCUCACUGCCAGCAAUGCUUUAGCCAAACACUCGCUGCCCUCCAGCCCAGCUUUUCCUAAGAAAUAUCUUCUCAUUCAAACACACGCAUACACAGGGUGAUUACAUAUGUUUUCUAUGGCCAAUUAAUUAUUUAUGUGCAUUGCUGUUUUCUUUAAUUUGUUGUACAUGUGUUGCAUGAAAAGCCUUUUCUGCUUUUUUUUAACAUGAUACAGGGAUAGAAAGUGAACUUAUACCUGUGUGCAUUUGUUUGCGUAAGACUUAUAUUGUUAAUCUACACAAAUAGAAUAAUAAGUAUGCAAGGCUGCAUGUACAAGUCUCUUGUAAGGCGUUCUUUGUUAAGGAGCUCAGACAGACGGCCAAAAGGAAAUGUAGGGAAACAGCAGAAGAAUUUGGUAUAAUGUUGUCCUUUCCGCAGGCUUUGAUCUAUUUGUAAAAAGAAGUUCAGACCAAAAACCAAAACAGCCUCAAAACAGGAAAUAGAAUCCUGACCUGAAUUAAGAUCUCAGCAUAACAGCGCUGAUCUAAACUCAGUGCUUCCAUGACAUAUAAUGGCUUUUCAAAGCUUUUCAGAGUGUAAAACGGGUCCUGAAUCAGUAUUUGAACACCUUAUGCUUUAUUAGUGGAAUUUCAGAUCUCAUUCCUAAAGCCUUUUGUUCCUUCUGCUGGAAAACAUGCUGAAGAACUCAUAUCUUGUUUGAGGAUAUCUCAUCUUUUUUUCUUUAAUUUGUCUGUUAAAAUGUGUUUUUCUUCUCAGGGGUAUAUUAGCAUGUAGCAUGUAACACAUUGUGAUGCCUCGACUUUCAGCUCACCCAUUUAUGUAGCUUAUAUAGUGACUUAUACAAAGCUGGGGAGAAUCGUUGGUUUACUCACAAUGUUGGUUUUGUGGAACAUGUUUUAUAUUUACAAAGUCUACUCUCUAUUUUCUACUGACAAUCUACUGCCAUUGUCCCCCAAAACCACCUUAAACAAAACAGACACAUUCCCAAACCAUUUUCAUUUACUAUUCAUUAUGAUGUGCGCUUCUUGCAUCACUCCUCCCACCCUUUCAUGAAAUGAUGAAUAAACACUACAUGUAUGUUUACGCGCACACACACACACCAUUCUCAGGACACAAUUAUGUUUAUGUCACACACACAUAUAGUCACACAUUCUGUGAAAAUGUAUCAUUCCUCUCUAUAUUGAUGCAUGUAUGAAGUUACUGUUGUUUACUCUCAUUAUCUAAAUGAAUAAUUUAAAAAUCUCAUUUUUAAUAAAGUAUAUUCAAAAGCUU